AUGCUUUCGACGAUUGCUUUCAAUCAGUCAUUCAGUCAUUGAAUGCAAACAUGAAUUCAUUGUCGCAACAAAUCGCAGAUCUUAUCAAUCCUUUGCCAUCACUUAUUGAUCCCGAAGAUGACAUCCACACCGAAACAUCUGCUAUCCAUGCGUUGAAUACCACCACAACUCACGGCAUCGAUGGCCACAACGAUCUCGAAGAUGAGGGCUUAAGACAAAGUGUGUUAAGACGAAAGACAACUGAAAAUCUUUCUGAUAGUAAUAAAAGAUAUUCAGGGAUUAAAGUGAAUCGAAAAGUACUCAAAGACUUGAAUGAAGACAACGAUGAGAGCGACGGCAGUGAUGGAAGUGAUAGCAGUUCUCAAGACAUUGAACUCGAGGACAGAGAAGACACUGAGUUCUAUAGCGAUAACAUAAGAGCUCCGACCGCUUCGUCUGAAGACUUAGAUUCCAGUCGUAAUAGUAAUGAAAGUGAAGACGAAGACGAAGAGCACGAGUUGAAUGACGAACACAAUUCAGGCGACGGAAGCGAUGAAUACAUUAACCAAUUCUCGAAUAUUGAUACAAGAUUCACAUCCAAUGCCUUUAAGAAUAAAUCAUUGGUUGGUUUGGAACAAUCCUCUACUCAACAAAUCGGUCGCAUUCUCUCUGAUAUGGAAAGACUUGUAAGAAGAACGCAAACUAAGAGAUCUUUAUAUAGUAUUAUCGGAAAGACAGAUAUUGACGAGAAAGCCAUAAAUGAUAAUGAAUUAAAUGUGGAAAGUAUUGACAAAAGUGAUGGCAAUGAAGUGGACGCAGAGAUUUUCGAUGACGACGACUUCUAUCAUCAAUUGCUCAGAGAAUUGAUUGAAUCCAAAACUGGAAGUCAAUCCAACGAUCCGAUGAUUUUAAGUAAGAAAUGGUUAGAAAUACAAAAGUUGAGGAAUAAAAUCAAACGAAAAGUGGACACAAAGGCCAGUAAAGGAAGGAAAAUUAGAUACGAUGUGCACUCGAAUCAGUUCCUAAGGACCAGUAAUUAUGAUGAAGGCUCACAACAAGAAUCGCAAACACCCGACCUGUUCCCGCUGCAGGUUUCACGGAGGCGUUCAAUCAUAUAUAGAGCUCAGAAAAACUUAGACAAAACAGAAGAUACUUCAAAUGGCGCGGAAUCACCCGGGUCAGGAGACAGUUCCACUAUUUCCAACAGUUAUAACGAUAUCAAUAGUAAAAGUGGUACCAAUUGUUCUGCGAGCAGAUCAUCGGACAGUUCUUCUGAUGCAACCAAUUACGGAACCGCUGGUCUCUCAUCAGAUAUAUCUGCCAUAAGUUCGGCGACUCAGCCGUGGAAGUCAUUAGAACACGUAUCGCAACACAUGAACUCAGGCACAGCACCAAACCCUACAUGUGUUGCCAUCAAAAGCUCAGAUCACUAUAAGAUCAGUGAUUUUCAGAGUCUUUGUCUAACGUUUCCCGAAUUAACGGCAACACAAUUGCAGUCCAUUUUCGAACAGUGCGGAAAUGACUUCCAGAGAACCAUCGAUAGAGUUCUUAUGAAUAAAUGGUCACUCAAUGAUACUGACUGUAAGUCUAGUCUACAAAUGCAAAACAAUAACGACUGGUCAGCCGCUACUACAACAAGCUCCUCAAUGUGUGGAGACUAUGCAUCCAAUUGUAGCACUCAUUCGCCAUUCAUCCGGUCCCCACUGCCAUCCCUUAUGCCUCCUGAAUCCAUGUCCACUAAUUUCUAUAAUACCAGCUCUACUAAUGGCGAACAUUGCUAUGACUGGAGAUCUAAUUCAAGCUCAGGAGCUCUUAAUGAUGACUUGUCUAAUAGUGACUACGGAAAUGACUAUUACUACGACCAGUCUUCAGUGUCUUGUUCUGUGAUGUCAACACAGGGUAAUUCUCAGGCUAUGAGUGCCAACUGGAACUACGAUUAUACCGGUUAUUGGCACAACAAUUUACAGGGUAGUAAUGGUAACAACGGCUCAUACGACAUGAGCACCGGCUCACACACUCCAGAAGACAUGACCAUCACAUGGCCUAAUGGACAGACGGGUCCACUUGCCUUAGGACAAGCGAUGCACGAGUACAACAUAUGAGGACAAAUCUUAUUUUAAAUCUAAUCUAAUCAUUAUAUUCACCAUUUCUUGUGAUGCUGUAUAACCCGAAGAAUGUCUUAAUGUUUAUCAUACGUUUCAUAUCUGACACAAUUCAGAACAUAUAUAUAAAUACAAUAUAAAUUUGUAUACAUUUUCUGCUUUCAAUUAUUAUUUGAUUAACGGCUC